UAAGUAAAGGAAAAAGAGUGAAGUAGGGAUGUGAUCUCAUAAUAUACGAAUAGUCUGUGCUUAUAGAAAAUAAAUAUGGGUUAACAUAUAUUUUAUUAUUAAAUAAACUACUUUAGUUAAUCCGUUGAAUUAUUUAGUAUGAUAGAAUGUGAGUGAGUGGAUGCGUGUGUCAUCGUGCAUCAUGCACCGUGCACGUACAGGUAAACUUUGAAACAAUACAAUGUGCUUUAAUCGCUAAACAUCAUAUAUUAAAGUUACCGAAAUGUGGUUGCUUGAAAUUAUUGAGUACUUAAAGGCUCCACAUCUCGUCGCUAAUGUACAAGAGUUUUUUGGAAUAGAAAUAAAUUAUAAAAUAAAAUAUUCCGAGAAUCAUAGGUUAUCCGAUAAUAAGGAACAAAAUGGAUAUACUAAAACAAAUAAAUUAUUGAGCAAAGAAGAAUGCCCUUCUAAUAACUAUUUCAUGAAAUUAGAAUCUCCAGCAUUUAUUAUUAAGAAUCGUUUUUGGUACUACUUAUUUUUAUUCGGUACAGAAUUAGGAGAUGAAAUAUUUUAUUCUGCAUUUAUACCCUUUUGGUUUUGGAAUAUUGAUGGCGCAGUUGGUCGGAGAGUGGUCUUAGUGUGGGCUAUUGUUAUGAGCAUUGGACAAGCAUUGAAAGACAUUAUUUGCUGGCCAAGACCGGCGUGCCCACCAGCUGUUAGAUUACAAAGUAAAUGGUCUCAAGAAUAUGGGAUGCCAUCGACUCAUGCUAUGGUUGGAAUUUCAAUUCCAUUUAGUGUACUAAUAUUUACAAUGAAUAGAUACAUCUAUUCGUUUUCUAUCGGUUUUACAAUAGCUUUCCUUUGGUGUACGCUUAUCUGCACGAGUCGACUUUAUUUGGGAAUGCAUACGGUGUUGGACAUUGUAGCAGGAUUAUUACUAGCUAUUGUGCUAAUGAUUCCAUUGAUACCUUUAGUAGAUGCUUUAGAUUAUUAUGUUAUUACAAAUCCCUGGGUUUUAAUACUUUUAAUAUUAAUUAGCAUUACCGCUGUGGUUUAUUAUCCAUCUAGCGACAAAUGGACACCGACUCGCGGUGAUACGACUAUGGUUGUUUCCGUAACUGCUGGAGUUCAUGCAGGAGCAUGGUUAAAUUACAAGACAGGGGCCUUUUCUCUUCCGCUUCUUCCACCACCAUAUGAUAUUAUUUGGCCAUCUUAUCGUAUGUUAGGAUGUAUGAUUCUUAGGACGAUAUUGGGUUUCUGUAGCGUCAUUGGAACUAAAGCUAUUUGUAAAUCUUUCUGUUAUACUAUAAUAUGUGCCAUACUUAAAAUCAAUUCUAAGGAGCUUAUGAAAACUGAAAACUAUUUGGAAAAUACGAGCAAAAUUUUCACCGAUCUAGUCUAUAAAUAUCUAACUUGUUUUAUGAUUGGUAUAAAUACCGUAUACCUUUUGCCAAAUGUCUUCACUAUAAUAGGUAUCGAACGGCCAACAUUUUAUACAGAGUUGUAAGAUUAAACAUUGUCUUACAACUUUUGAUUUUUUCAAAUAUUUGCAAAAUAUUUCUCAUAUACAAAAUCAAUUAUUGACACCUCAGAAUUGUCACAGUCAGGUCGUUAGACUCUUUUUUUGAUUUAUGAACAAAAUGUAAAUAACAUAUAAUUUUAAGCUUUAUAAAUGAAUUAAACAUUCAUUGUGUGUACAGAUUCAAUUUGGCGUUAAAUUUGUAGAAAAGAGAUAUAAUGCUAUGAGAAUAAAAAUAACUCAGAUGUGCGCACAUCUAUAUAACUAUGUUAUAUUCAGUAAUUAAGAUGCACAAUAGGAUAAAGUUUGAACAGUGUCAGCAGUAAACAACAUCUUUAUUUUCAAUUUUAUCUUCCCCCCCCCCCCCCUCCUCUCAAGUGGAGCUUAAACUUGUAUAAUGAGAAUGUAAAUGUAACAAAGCACAUAUCACUUAAUAUAACAGAGAGAGAGAGAGAGAGAGAGAGAGAGAGAGAGAGAGAGAUA